AUGGAUGAGGGCUCAACCACCCCUGCUGGUAUGGGCCCGCAGAAACGACCCCGCGUUUCCGAGGAGAAUCGCAAACGAGCCGUGCGAGCCUGUGAUGGUUGUCGCCGAGUGAAGGAAAAAUGCGAAGGAGGCGUUCCGUGUCGCCGAUGUCUCCGCUAUCAGCGACAAUGCGUCUUUACUCAUCCCGACCAUGCGGAGAAGAUCGCCCGGUCCUCCUCCAUCUCGCUACUCGAACGAAGCACAGCUCUCAGAGGACAUGAUAUCGCCGAGUCGGAGCGUGUCCGAUGCAUGGAGCGCAUCCUCCAGCAUUAUGUCCCCAAUAUUUCCUUCGAUGUCCAUACUCUGCGAAAGAUGGCCGAAGAGUUGAAACACAAACAUCGAGGAUCUGGCACAGAGGCAUCUUCAACGCAGCUCGACGGCGAGGACCUGGAGGACCUGGCAAUUGACGAUGAGGAUUUCACCAUCAAGGCUCUGCCGGAUAAUACUACACAAUACUCCGGAGAAUUUUCGUAUCUCAACUUCUCUAUGAAGAUUCGACAGAAGAUUGACGAAUGGAUGAAACAUGCUGGACCAGAGGCAUCCACAGAGACAGAGCCAUUUGAAGAGCGCUGGCGGGCAACCCAAUUACAGUCCGGAUCGACCCUAGUAUCAACCUCAGUGACCUGUCUUCCACCUCGGUUUGUGGCAGACUUUCUGGUGCAGAUCUUCUUCAAGUAUGCGCAGACGAAUAAUUUCUACGUCGAAGAAGACUGGUUGAAGGAUAAGCUAAACAUAUGCUACACGGACCCAUCGAGCCUCUCUUCUAAGGAUGCAGGCACGGUAUGUGCUAUCCUGAUGGUAUUAGCGGUGGGCACUCAGUUCGCACACAUGGAAUCGGCCACACCUGUCAACCGCCUGUCCUCUAAUUCUGCUUUUGCCGACGACCACCACUUCUCCGAAGAUGAUGUUGGUCUUACCUUUUAUCAAUUUGCAUCGAAACUGCUUCCCGAUAUCAUUGCCACAGCUUCCGUUCGAAGCGUCCAGGCUUGUCUUCUGAUCGGUACCUAUCUUCUGCCGCUAGAUACGUCGGGUCUAUGCUAUACGUAUUUUGGUCUAGCCCUGAAGAUGGCCAUUCAAAAUGGCAUGCACCGAAAGUAUUCGGGAGAGGGAAUGUCACCUCGCAUGGUGGAGAUCCGCAAUCGUGUCUUCUGGACAGCAUACACGAUCGAGAAGCGCGUCAGCAUUCUCCAUGGGCGACCGGUAUCGCUAUCCGAUGCGGACGUAGAUGCUCCCUUUCCAACUGACUUUCCGGGCUUGACUCCUUCUGGACAUUUAGCCAAUGACAUAAACAUGGUGACCCUCAUCAAGUUGACCUUGAAACUUGGCCAAGUUGCCAACGAGAUAUCUAUUCUCCGCAAAUCGCGAAAGAACCAACAAUCGGAUUGUCUCGAACGAUUACUGAACCUUCGGAAAUGCUUGGUUGAUUGGUGGUCAACGUUGCCGGAAGAAACUAAUUGCCGGGAUCUCAAUCCGUCUGGUCCUCUCUUUCGCUCCAAUGUGCAUCUCAAGCUGGAUUAUUGUCUGACUCGGAUCUUCCUUGGACGGCCCUUCCUGUUCAGCAGCAUGAAAGCCAUUACGGUCCCGGGCGCCCCGGUCAAGACGCCUUCGGGUCUAUCGAAGAAUCGCUCCACACUAGUCACUGACUGUGUGGAAGCAGCUCUUGAGAUCAUCGACCUAUGCCGUUUGCUGCGGGAUGAGCCUGGUCUCGCCCGUGCUUCAUUCACCGAGUUCAGUUCCUGCCGUGCUGCUCUUCUUGUCAUUCUUGCCCAGAGCUUGACCAAACGCACAGAGCGGUUGCGCGAGGCCCUCGAUAAAGGCAUGGCCCUCAUCAAGAUUAUGUCGAUGGGUGUCGGAUCUGCCCGAUCCGCUGUGAGUGUCAUUGAAACACUUGAGCGGGCAAUUCGUCGCUUUGAAGAGUAUAGUCAGACGCAACCCCAAGGCACUGCUGGCAUGAUGGAGUCGGCCUAUGACCGCUUCAAGAACUGGGAAAUGCUUUGGAAGACGGGACCAAUCUCUCCCGACCCAAUAUCGUUCCCUGAGCAGUACCCAUCCGGUGCUGGUGGACUGCCGCCUGUGAUGACGCCUAUGACAGGUCCAUCAACAACUAAUGAACCGGCAGAAGGGGAGCUUGCCAACCCCAGUAUCCCUGACUCGACUGAGUUCUCUGUGUCUCAUCCGCUGUCGGAGAUGCCGCACUUCGGGCUUGAUCAUUUUGUUGCAAACUUGCCACAGGAAUUGGGCGAAUUCACCGCGAUUCCGUGCUUCGAGACCGACAAUCAGUCCAGCUUGACCGGGGAGUUGAAACCCGGGUCUUCCGACACGCGGUGGAUGAAUUUUAUGAAUGAAUAG